ACUAGUAAGUGGAUGGAAACUCUGGACAAUAACAAGCUCAUCUCUACCCUCACUAUUCCUGGUACCCAUGACGCCUUGGCUCUUCAUGGAGGAGCACCAACAGAAUGUCAGGCAUGGUCAACAGAGGACCAGCUAAAGGCUGGGAUACGCUACUUCGACCUCAGAGUGUCUGGCUUUGGAUUAAGAAUUAUGCAUGGACCGAUUUACCAAAGAACAUCAUUGCCAGAAGUUAUCUGCAUAGUCAAGACAUUUUUAACUCAGUUCAGAAAUGAGGUAGUGCUUCUCAGAGUUAAGCCCGUUUUUCCUAUGAAGGGAAAAGUUCCAAAUUUAGUUGAAAAAUUGAUUAAAAAUGAUAACGAUAUUUAUAAAAAUGAGAAAAUUCCGAGCAUUGGUGAAGUAAGAGGAAAGAUUGUUUUUGUUCAGAAAAACAGCUUUCAGCUGGGGAUUAAGUUGUUUGAAACUGACCAAAUAGGAGACCAUAAAGUAACUAAAGUCCAAGACAAAGUGACAAAAAUUAAACAGCAUCUGGAAAAAGCUGCUACUCAAUGUAGAACUGAUUCUGCUGAGAAAAUUAGUCUGAGCUACUCGAGUGGCACAAGCUUAGGUACAUAUAUGGGUUUUUUUUUAUUGCCACAAAAAUUGGCAAAGAAAAUCAAUCCUUCUUUGAUAGAUCAUCUUGCAAAGGAAUUAAAAAAGAGUCCCAAGCCUUGUUUUGGGAUCAUAGCCAUGGAUUUUCCAAGUUUUGACUUGAUUGAAAUGGUCAUCAAAUUCAAUACCUAAGAUUUUUCAGUCUUUACUUUUUCCA